AUGCACAAUCAGGGGCACUAUGAAUGCGCCGUCACCAUCCCCGCCGACCCUAUCACUACAGAGACCAUCGCUGUCGCCGCCGCCCUCAGCCCUCAAGACUUCGUCAGCUUCUAUGGAGAUCAUCCCGUUACGCAAGUCAACUUCACCGUCGCGUCGCUACGAGCCUCACUUGCAAUCUCUACGCGACCUGCUGGCCAUGGAAGUAUUCCACCCCCUAUUGUGGACAGAGUGGGGCGUGUCCAGAAAGCGUACCGCUGGGAUUCAGGCCAUGUCUUCACCAAAGCUCACGUCCUCCCCAUUAGCGACACGCAGCAAUUCCGAGUCCAUCGCCCAGCGUCAAAGAAUACCGUCGCUGUGAAGAAGCCCCAAUCAACGCACGAACACGCUUCGAACCAACAAGGAUUGCAAGGGGGGUGGGAGGCGACCUUAACUCCGGUAUUGCCUUUGGCCUUCGGUGCAGCGGCUUGA